AUGCCUAAAGCUGCUAAAUUGCGGUACUGUCGCCACUUCAAGCCACUCACCAUUCAUUGCGAGUUCCCCCCUGAAUGCAACUACACCCCUCCACCGUUGACACAACAUCAACUGUUUUCACGCAACACAGACUCAUCAACCUCUGAUGCCGCACAACCAAUUACACCAGUGGCUCAGUUACCCAUCCCUCUGCCAGCGAAGAUUCUGAAACCGCGAGGAGACAUCUCCCGUAUCAGUCGAGGAGGAUAUAAUUUACAGGAGGCACUUGGCUGGCCUGCCUCUGAAUAUGAAGAAACUCGUGCUUUUGUUUCACAACUAGCCUGUGAAUAUCUAAAAGUCAACAAGUCCUGGAGGCUCCAAGCACAGCCCAGAUUAGCCAUUGUGUAUGCAGAGGUGCAGAAACGAUAUCCUAUCCUUGAAUGUUAUGAUGGAAGUUGGGUUGUUGGCAAUAUGCUCCGUAUAUAUUUGAAAAAUAGUUGUAGCUGUGAUACUUAG